AUGUAUGCAUUACAACUGCUAUUGUUCUUUGAUGAACUGCAAGUCUGUAAUCCUCUAGGAUCACGAGCAAAUACCCACAAAAUAGGCAACAUAUACUACACUUUGGGGAACAUAUCACCAGAUAAGAGGUCAAGUUUAAAUGCCAUUCAGCUUCUUGCAAUUGUCAACAGCAAACAUAUCAAGAAAUAUGGAAUUGAAUGCAUUCUUGAUCGUAUUAUGGAAGAUAUUAUUCAACUUGAACAGGAUGAAGGUGUUGUAUUUACAAUAAAUGGCCAACAAAGAUCAUUUCGAGGAAGCAUUGGAUAUAUAUCGGGGGAUAAUUUGGGUUCCCAGCUACUAGGUGGAUUCAAAGAGGGCUCCCAAGCUUAUCGUAAAUGCAGGGAGUGCAUGGGGAUUGACGAACAAAUACAAACAAAGUUCCUUGAAAGCGAGUUUGAACUACGAACAAAAGAUGGAUAUGAAAUCCAUUGCAGACAUCUGAUGCAAUCCGAACACUUCAGUGUAAUGUAUGGGUUAAAUCGAAGAUCGGUACUAGGUAAAUCAAGGUACUAUCAUGUCAUUGGAGGACUACCAGCUGAUGCCAUGCAUGAUGUCCUGGAAGGCACACUCCAAUACCACACCAAGGAAAUGUUAAAGCAUUUCAUUCUGGAAGAAAAAACAUUCUCCUUAGAUGAGCUGAAUAAGAGGAUCGCUUCAUUUGAUUAUGGGUACCACAAUGACUCAAACAAACCGGCACCAAUCUUGAGGCAGAAACUCUUGUCCAAUGACAAUAGCCUUAAGCAACAUGCUAAUGAGAUGUGGUGCCUGGGCUUAUUCCUUCCUCUUUUAAUUGGAGAGUUUAUGACAGAAGAUGACGACCAUUGGAAUGCCUAUUGUGUAUUGCUGGAAAUAGUGCGCAUUAUAUUCUCCCCGCUGAUAAGCAAAGAGCAAAUGCCUUAUCUCCAAGUCCUGAUCCAAAAUCAUCAUGAAAAUUUCCGGCUACUAUAUCCACAUGCGUCUAUCAUACCCAAGAUGCACUACAUGAUCCAUAUGCCGAGGAUUAUGUUAAAAUUGGGACCGCUCAUCAGGAUUUGGUGCAUGAGGUAUGAGGCAAAACACUCGUACUUCAAACGCUUGGCCAUUUCAUGUGGUAACUUCAUCAAUCUGCCGUAUUCUCUGACAAAACGGCACCAGGAAGGGCUAUGUUACCGCAUUAACAUGUCGGAAGGGGGCCACUCUACUUUUCUUCAAAAAGGAAUUGAUAUUGGUCCAGGCACAGAAACGUAUGCUGGAAAUUUAGGCUACUAUGAUUUGCUUUGUGAGUCAUAUGAGUUUUGUGAUGUGAUUCCACAAACCUCUGUUUUUGAAGCGAAGUGGGUUGUUAUUGGAGGUACGAAGUACAAAUGUAAUGCAGCAGUACAUAUUGGAUAUGAUGAGCAUGACUGCCCAUUAUUUUGGAGAAUUCACAAGAUUUGUAUAGUUGAGAAGAACUUGAUGGGCAUUCAGUUUGUUGUCGAGCCAAUGGAGACCAACAUAUUCAACAGCCAUUUCCAGUGUUACGAGGUUAGUCUUCCAUCAGCCGAUGAUAUGAAGAUAUUCAAGCAAUCUGAGUUCAGCUGCUAUAUUCCGAAGCAAAUAUGUCGUCCAUAUGGAAGACGAGGUGGUACAAGGUACAUCUGUACACGAUAUGAUCUUGGCACCAAUAGUUAGAGUCACAUUACCAUACUCCAGUUGUACACUGCAAAAUACAAGUUUACAAUGAUUCAAUACAUGUUACUAUGCAGUACGUAAAUUAGCUUGUAGGUACACCACGUAAGUAUUUAAUACUUCGAAACUUUCGGUCUGUUAUCCAGGGGCCGGUUGUUCAAAGCUAGGUUAAAUUUUAAUCGCUGUUUUUGUUCAUAUGGUUCUGCACCGCUGUUUGUUUCAAGAAUUUACAAAAUAAGGCUUCUAUUGAUCAACAAAAUGUUUGUGAAAGAAAUGUUCAACUUCAUAAACGAGCGACUAAAAAAUGAUGUUAAAAUUUGAGUUAAAGUGCAAAUGUGCAAUGAUCAAUGUAAUUAGCCUUUCUUACGAUGACGAAUAGGUCGCCAUUUUGGGGGCACAUUUUUCAAAACCGUGAACGUGAGACCUCGUAACGGCGACUGUUGUAGGCUAAAUUGUAGGCUAAAUUUAUUAUUCAAAUGGGGUCUGUUGAUUUAAAGUAAAUGCCUUCCAUGCAUGUUAAAUAUUAAUUUUAAACCCAUUUCAGAAACUGAAAGUACCCCAAAAACGUCAUCAUGAGAAAGGCCAAUUCCACUGACGAAGGCCUGGGUUUUAGGACCGAAAGCUUUGCAGCUUUAGAUACCUAUGUGGUGUACCACUAUUUACUUAUUGCUUUCACCAUGCAAACAUACAAGAAUAUAGUGGAAUUUUUUAUUGUCUGGGCGCUUUCACGCGGAACUAAAGAAAAACAAAGAAGUGGAAAAAGGACAAUGUGCACAUUUUAUAGAAAUUGAAAUGUGCAACAUAAUAUGGUACUGUACUCCACAUGCAGUUUUGCAACGUAGCUAACUUCUUCUGCCUAUUAAGUGUAAAAUGUACUUUAAACUGCUACUAUAAUUUUAUUCGCUUGUACACUACAGUUUUAACUUAGUUUUUGUUGUAAUAUGUAAUUGGCUGGUAAGAAAAGACAUAAACACAUAUUUGCCUAAUUGAAAAUAUACACGCCCCCACCCUAACAUC